ACGUCAGGCCGUUUGUUGUCAUUGGCGGUUCCCAAGAUGGCGUCCAUCGUGGAAGGGCCGCUGAGCAAAUGGACUAACGUGAUGAAGGGCUGGCAGUACCGGUGGUUCGUGCUGGACUACAACGCGGGGCUGCUCUCCUACUACACGUCCAAGGACAAAAUGAUGAGAGGUUCUCGAAGAGGCUGCGUUAGACUCAGAGGAGCUGUGAUUGGUAUAGACGAUGAAGACGACAGCACCUUCACAAUAACUGUUGAUCAGAAAACCUUCCAUUUCCAGGCUCGUGAUGCAGAUGAACGAGAAAAGUGGAUCCACGCCUUAGAAGAAACCAUUCUUCGACAUACUCUCCAGCUGCAGAUCAGUACUACACUUGCUUUUUUCCAGUCUUCUGGUAUCUCUCCAGUUCUUGAAUUUUCAAAAACAAUUGGUUUGGAUUCAGGAUUUGUGCCUAGUGUCCAAGACUUUGAUAAGAAACUUACAGAGGCUGACGCUUACCUACAAAUCUUGAUAGAACAAUUAAAGCUUUUUGAUGACAAACUUCAAAACUGUAAAGAUGAUGAACAGAGAAAGAAAGUUGAAACUCUCAAAGACACAACAAAUAGCAUGGUAGAAUCAAUUAAACACUGCAUUGUGUUGCUGCAGAUUGCUAAAGACCAGAGUAACGCGGAGAAGCACGCAGAUGGAAUUAUAAGUACUAUUAAUCCUGUAGAUGCAAUAUACCAACCUAGUCCCUUGGAACCUGUGAUCAGCACAAUGCCUUCCCAGACUGUCUUACCUCCAGAACCUGCUCAGUUGUGUAAGUCAGAGCAGCGCCCAUCUUCGCUACCUGUUGGACCUGUGUUAGCUACCUUGGGACAUCACCAGACUCCAACACCAAAUAGUACAGGCAGUGGGAAUUCACCACCUAGUAGCAGUCUAACUUCUCCAAGCCAUGUCAACUUGUCUCCAAACACAGUCCCAGAGUUCUCUUACUCUAGCAGUGAAGAUGAAUUCUAUGAUGCUGAUGAAUUCCAUCAAAGUGGCUCAUCCCCAAAGCGCUUAAUAGAUUCUUCUGGAUCUGCCUCAGUGCUGACACACAGCAGCUCGGGAAAUAGCCUAAAGCGCCCAGACACCACAGAAUCACUGAAUUCCUCCAUGUCCAAUGGAACAAGUGAUGCUGAUCUCUUUGAUUCACAUGAUGAUAGAGACGAUGAUGGGGAGGCAGGGUCGGUGGAGGAGCACAAGAGCGUUAUCAUGCACCUUUUAUCACAAGUCAGGCUUGGAAUGGAUCUUACGAAGGUAGUUCUUCCAACAUUUAUUCUCGAAAGAAGAUCUCUUUUAGAAAUGUAUGCAGACUUUUUUGCACAUCCGGACCUAUUCGUGAGCAUUAGUGACCAGAAGGAUCCCAGGGAUCGAAUGGUUCAAGUUGUGAAAUGGUACCUCUCAGCCUUUCAUGCAGGAAGGAAAGGAUCAGUGGCCAAAAAGCCAUACAAUCCUAUUUUGGGUGAGAUCUUUCAGUGUCAUUGGACAUUGCCAAAUGAUACUGAGGAGAACACAGAGCUAGUUUCAGAAGGACCAGUUCCCUGGGUUUCUAAGAACAGUGUAACAUUUGUGGCUGAACAGGUUUCCCAUCAUCCACCCAUUUCAGCUUUUUAUGCAGAAUGUUUUAACAAGAAGAUACAAUUCAAUGCUCAUAUCUGGACUAAAUCAAAAUUCCUUGGGAUGUCGAUUGGGGUGCACAAUAUAGGACAGGGCUGUGUCUCAUGUCUAGACUAUGAUGAGCAUUACAUUCUUACAUUCCCCAAUGGUUAUGGAAGGUCUAUCCUAACAGUGCCCUGGGUGGAAUUGGGAGGGGAAUGCAAUAUCAACUGCUCCAAAACGGGCUACAGUGCAAAUAUUGUCUUCCACACUAAACCUUUCUAUGGGGGCAAGAAGCACAGAAUCACUGCAGAGAUUUUCUCUCCAAAUGACAAGAAGUCUUUUUGUUCAAUUGAAGGGGAAUGGAAUGGUGUGAUGUACGCAAAAUACGCAACAGGGGAGAAUACUGUCUUUGUAGAUACCAAGAAGUUGCCUAUAAUCAAGAAAAAAGUGAGGAAGUUGGAAGAUCAGAAUGAUUAUGAAUCCCGCUGCCUUUGGAAAGAUGUCACUUUCAACUUGAAAAUCAGAGAUAUUGAUGCAGCAACUGAAGCAAAGCACAGACUUGAAGAAAGACAAAGAGCAGAAGCCCGAGAAAGGAAGGAGAAGGAGAUUCAGUGGGAGACCAGGCUGUUCCAUGAAGAUGGAGAGUGCUGGGUUUAUGACGAACCAUUACUGAAACGUCUUGGUGCUGUGAAGCAUUAGGCUGGACACUCGGAGCUCAUACCUGGUGACCAGAGCAGCAGGCAUAGUUAAGCAACAAUCGAUCUUCCUUCAGGAGAACCCAUCACUCCCUUCUUAUUGCAGUGGUUCCUAUCUCAGGGAUACUGGACUUUAUUUACAAUGCAGAUGAACAAGUAAAGUGGGAAAAGCUUCCCUGUUUUCCUCUGGCAGUUAUAAUUUUGACUUCAGUCCUGAGAAAAACUUCAGGUUUUGAAACAAGAUGUCUCUUCCCUUUCCAAGUCUGCUUUCAAAAGCAUUUAUAAACCCAAGUCUCAACAUUCUGUACUCUAGCUCUGCUGUUAAGAAUAUAUAAGACCUUUGUUUCCUAGUUCCUAUAAUCUUGGGUUCUAUGUAUACAUAUUAUACACAUACACACGUACCUAUACACGUGUACACCUGAUGACAGAUUUUUCAUAAGUACUCCCAUCUGUAAAUAUUGUUUCCCGAGAGUUGUUUUAGAAAAUUAGCGCAAUGUAUUAAAUCAAGUGUUAGGAAAUUUCACGGUUUCACCUAUAAUAAUUUUUAUUUUGGAAUUGAACUAUUAUUAAAUUGUAUCUAAACCUGGAUUACAGUUUAAUUAUAUGCAGUGCUUUUAAGGCUUCAUAAAGUAAUUUUUCCAACCUUUUUAAAA